AUGGAAACAAUCAAACAAACCUUAUAUACUCUUCUAUCAUCCCUAUUCCCCAGUAAACCCUUUAUACACGUCGCUGCACGACAUCAAUCGGGCUGCAUACACGAAGCUUACGACGUUGCAGCUUGUAAACAUUCAGCCUCGAAAUCAACAACCGCGUCGACGAUUCGACAAGAACGCUCCAUCGACAAUCGCGACCCAUUGACAGCGGGUUUGUUCGGCUUGCGCUUAUACCACGAUGUCUGUACAAGACGCUCACGAUCUGUUGAGCUCACUGAGAGGAGCUAACAGUACCGAGAAGGAAAGACUGUUGAUUGUGGUCAAGACGGAGAUUAAGAAGAGUGGAGUUGAUCCUGAUGCGAUUCAAUUGCUCUUCGAAGCACUCAAGCUGGGUGUUCAAUCAGUCAGUCCAACUGUUUCGUUUACAUCUCUCACCACACUCACGAACCUAAUCAAACGUGUCAACCUCCAAGAACCCGCAAGACUCCGCGCCCCAUCAUCUACCAUCCUCCCCCUCCUCAUCGAGCGUCUCGGCGACGUAAAAGACAAGACACGACUUUACGCCAUGAGCGGCUUGGUAGAAAUGUGGAAAGGUGCGCCGAUGGAGACUGAAAAGGUUAUGAAGGAACUUGGAUUGAGCCACAAGAAUUACCGGAUCAGGGAACAGAGUUUGACUUGGAUCAUGGAGGCAUACCGCACAAAUGCGAGCUUUAUGUUCCGAUCUUUUGUGCCGUACAUGCUGAAGCUACUCGAGGAUGCGAAUGAGAUGGUCCGGGAAACGUCGAAGGAAGUGGUGGUGGAGAUGCACCGGAGCGCAGGCAGCGCAGCAAAGGCGGAUCUGAAACGCGAAUUGCUGAGGAAGAACAUCCGAAGGAGCAUUGCGACGUAUGUACUGUCACAACUGCAACUCGCGGACGCCUCUGAACUCGAGCAAUUGAGGGCCGAGGAGGAAGUCGAGGAGAAGCCCGUACAGAAGCGUGUAGCGAGCAUGGGCGCCAGCAUCGGCACAGCAAGUCACGCACCUUCGAGUGUCGCCGGUAGUGUUGCCUCGACAUAUGUCGGCAGCAUGCCCGGUGGCGAAAUGGAGCCCCUCGACCCCGUCUUCGUUCAAUCAGCUCGCGACCUCGAACGCGAGAUGCAAGACAUGCUCCCACCCUUUGAAGGCCGCGAAUCCGAACACAACUGGGCGCAACGCGAAAAGAACUGUAAUCGAAUCCGACAGCUGCUGCGCGGUAACGCGUACAAAGACCAUUCAGCUCUAUUCCUGGCGCAAUUCAAGACGCUGGUGGAGGGUGUUACGAAGGCCAUCCAGUCACUUCGGACAACGCUGUCUCUGGUUGGGUGUCAGGUUGUUAAGGAUCUUGCUAUAGUUGCGGGACCGGGGAUUGAUCCGUUUGUGGAUCAAAUGCUAACGGUACAGAUUAAGCUUGCGGCUGUUACGAAGAAGAUUGCGUCGGCUUCGGCUCAAAUUACUACCGCGGUCAUUCUUGCGAAUGCGUCGUAUAAUGUGAAGACUAUGCAGCAUCUCUGGUUCGCGUGCCAGGAUAAGAACGUGCAACCACGACUCUACAAUACCGGUUGGCUUCGCGUCUUCCUCGAGAGUCACGCGGGCUCCAAAUCUCAGAUUGAGCAUACAGGAGGCCUGGAAGUCCUUGAUAAAAUUAUAAAGAAGGCACUCGCAGACGCCAACCCGCAAGUCCGUGAGGGAAUGCGUGAGACAUUCUGGAAAUGGGCGGAUAUUUGGCCCGAGAGAGUGGAGGCGUUCAUGAAGAGUCUUGAUGCGAACACGAGGAAGGCACUGGAGAGGACGAAUCCCAAUGUUGGUGCUGCGGCGUCGAGCUCGAGACCGGCGAGCGCAAUGGAGAUGCGUGCGAGUUCCAGGGGUUCGGUAAGGAGUGAGGCCGGUGGAUCAGGAUCGAUGUUGCCGCCGCGUGUUCCACAGAAGGACGGGUUUAGCGCCAAGAUUGCCGUGAAGAAGAAGGUCGAGGGUAAUGCGCCUCCAGCUGCUGCUGCGCCGGCAGGCGGUCUCUCUUCUGGCCCUAUGCGUGGUCUGGGAUUGCCUCAGCGACCUCCGUCAUCCCUACGAAAAGCCGUGACGAGCCCACCGCCGGCUGAUCGAAGGCCUCAGAGCCCGAGUGUCAGCUCGCAUGCGACGAAUGGUAUUUCUGAGCGCCCGAGUCCGUCGCAAUUGAAGAGGGAUGUGUUGUCUCCUUCGCCUUCAAGACGCAUGAUGGCGGCGUCGCCGAGAAUAGGCGCUGCGUCGCCGUUACGGCAUAUGUCGCCUACCGCAAGGAGAACGGGGAACUUGUCGGUACUCCAGCAGCUGAACGAUGCCGAUCCCAAAGUCCGGAUUGAUGGUAUUGUCACGAUUGCUUGUCUCUUCGCGAAGAAAACUCCACCGAAUGCGCCGAAUGGGCAGCCACCUGUUCUACCUCCUGCGGAUUUGCUGGGUAAAUCACUUCAUAGUUUGUUGAAUGACCCGACACCGGAAGUGGUGGAGCAUUUGCUGGCGCCUGAAGUUAUUCCUGAGCUCGUGAAGGUCGUGCCCGUCGAACAGAUCGUGCCGAGAGUCUUGUUGAUGAGCGAGUCCGACGAGGGCGAGUACAACAACGCUGUCGUUACAACUUGUCUCCCAGCACUUAAACAAUUGCUGACCCGGGAAGAGGCAGCAGAUCAGACAAUGAAGACCAUGACCAACAUGGGUGUUUCUGGUGUGGUUCCACGUAAGAUGUCUGCGUCUGUUUACACAAUGACUCAAAAGCGCAAGAUCAUCCACGGACUUCUCGCCUGGAUGAAUGAGUUGUUCGAGGACCAUAUCCAGGAGAAGGAGGUGGGCGGAGAGGGCAAUGCCACUCUGAACGAGGAGUAUCGGACCUGGGUUAACCGCAUUGUUCCUAUGAUCAAGAAUACUAAACCAACGUCGGCUAACUACAUCCCUCUGGGUGCUCUCUUGAAGAGCGUCAGGAGGGCUGAUCCGGAGACUUUUGAUAAGGUUUUGCAGACGUUCGAUCGUGACAUGGUAAAGGCCUUGCACAAGGCAUGGGGAGCCGAGGAUGAGGAUCACACUGUCACUAUUCCAGAAGAGAAGGCCGCCGCAGUUGAGGAAGUAUUGGGGAGUAUUCCCGAGGUCGGUGGUACGAUUCAACCUCCCUCAUCUGACUCGGAUAUGAUGCCUCCACCAAGCUUGCCCGUACGAAAUAAGUCUCAAUCCCCCCCGGCGAUAUCCGAUUCGGAAAAGGAAAAGAUGCCGGACUUCUACAAUGCACCCAAACCGUCGUUCUUAGACGUCAACAACGGUUUCGACGACGAGAAUCUGACUAUGAUUCAGUUUCCCAAAAUAAGUAUGGCAGUCAUGGCAGUCCCACCGCCGCCUCCACCACCGCAGGUGUAUGAGGAUAAAGAUGCGGAGAUGACUGAGGCGCCGACUACGCCGAUUCAGGCGGAUAAGUUGUUGUUCAACCCUCAUAUUUCUGUACGGAAGCCGAGGGGUACGUCUCCCGAACGAGAAGCGUUCUUCUCUCUAUCACCCGAGAAGGAGAAGAAUGGAAACACUUUGGUGCCUGCUGUCGUCGUUACCCCACAAGAGCUUCCUCAAAUUGAGAACCUCAAUAUUGAGGCUAAACCAUCAUCGGAGCCGAAAGAUGAGGUCGUGCCUGGAAGCAGUUGGUUCAGGAGACAUAUGAAGUCCAUGUCAUCAGACGAGCCAUUACCCGAGGACGCGGAAGAGCAGACGAAGCUCUUGUCGGCUUUGAUUGCCAGGUUGAAGGCGAAUGAGAUCGAUAGGCAUGAUUAUAAGAAAUUGCAGCAGCUCGCGAGUCAGCAUCCCGUUCGUCUACCACAGAAUGGCAGCGAUGCACCAACACCAGCCGCGGCGUUCGAUAUUUGGAAAGCGGGGGAUGUCUAUGAUGAGUUGUUGUCCGCUACCCUCGCCUCGCUACAAUCUGGCAAUAACCGAAAAUCUGGUUUAUUGUUGGUGAAGCAACUUCUCCAUGCUCAGGCACCAUAUCUCGAGGGUAAUGAGCCCGCGUUGAUGAAGACCUUGUUGGAUGUCAGGGUCGACACCGAUCAACACGUCACCACCGGGAUCGAUGAGACAAUGAUGGAACUCGUCCACAUCAUCGACUCACGAAAGGGAACAAAGAUCCUCCUCGACUACCUCGUUCCCUACACCCGCGGUAACCAAUUCACCCCCUCCCCCCGACCCGACAGCAUAACCCUCUCCCUCAACACCCUUGCCUCCUUCCUCCGUCGUGUCCCGCGCGCGGACCUCCAAACCCACAUCAACUCCCUCCGUCCCCUCACCAUCAAAGCCAUGUCUGACGCUGAUCCCGAGGUUCGGAGGGCGUGUGUACAUGUUUGUACGAGUAUGCAUGUUGUGUGGCGAAACGAUCGGGAGUUGUUUGAGGGGGUUUGGGGGGAGUUGGAUGGGGGAAAGCAGAAUUUGUUGAAAUAUUAUUUUGAGACGGUGGGGGAGGACUAAUUGUGAGAAAAGGGAGGGAUAUGGGGUGUAAG